GGGCGAUGACGUGUAGGCCCGCGCCGGCUCAGCGCCUUCACUCCUUGCCGGGUCUGUGCGUCUGUCCCGCGGUGGGGCAGCCCUCGAGUGUGGUGCCUGGUGACUGGGAGUGACCUCAGAAGGGCCCGCGUGGGGCGCGGAGGAGAGGGGACGCGCAGCUGCCCACCGGCAUCCUCGUCACGGCCCUCCGCUCCCCACCAGGCGUGGGAAGUAGAGAUAAAACCGAAAGGGAGGGAGGCGCGUGGGCUGGAGCGGGCGGAGUAAUGGGAACCGCGUGAGCGCGGCCAAGAGUUUCAGGUUUCUCAUUGCAGGGAUCACUGAUUGAGAAAUAGAUGGCUUUGCCUCGCCUCACAGGAGCCUUGCGCUCCUUUUCAAAUGUUACCAAGCAAGAUAAUUAUAGUGAAGAAGUGGCUGACUUAAAGCUAAAGCGAUCCAAACUUCAUGAACAAGUUUUAGAUUUGGGACCGACAUGGAAGAAUAUAGUAAAAUUUUUGAAUGAAAACCUGGAGAAGAGUGAAAUGCAAAGUAUAAAUGAAGACUUAAAAGAUAUAUUACAAGCUGCAAAACAAAUAGUUGGAACAGAUAAUGGGAGAGAAGCAAUUGAAAGUGGGGCUGCAUUUCUGUUUAUGACAUUUCACUUGACGGAUUCUGUUGGUCACAUGGAGACAAAGGCUAUCAAACAGAUGUUUGGUCCCUUUCCAUCAUCAUCUGCUACUACAGCUUGUAGUGCCACUAAUCGAAUCAUUUCUCAUUUUAAUCAAGAUGAUCUUACUGCUCUUGUCCAGAAGACAGAAAAGGAAUCUAGUGAUACAGCAUUUUUUGGUAAAAAUUUAGCAUUUUCAUUUGACAUGCAUGAUCUGGACCACUUUGACGAACUGCCAAUAAAUGGUGAAGCCCAGAAAACUAUAAGCCUAGAUUACAGAAAGUUUCUGAAUGAACAUUUUCAGGAGCAUUCCACCCCAGAGCUCAAGCCUGUGGAAAAAACAAAUGGCUCCUUUUUGUGGUGUGAAGUUGAAAAGUACUUAAAUGCAACUUUGAAGGAAAUGACUGAAGCACCAAGAAUAGAAGAUCUUUGCUGUACUUUAUAUGACAUGCUUGCUUCUGUUAAAAGUGGUGACGAACUUCAGGAUGAGUUAUUUGAAUUGCUUGGACCUGAAGGACUUGAUCUUAUUGAGAAACUUCUCCAGAACAGAAUUACAAUUGUGGAUCGAUUUCUUAAUUCUUCAAAUGAUCAUAAGAUUCAAGCUCUUCAAGACAAUUGCAAAAAAGUUCUAGGAGAGAAUACCAAACCUAAUUAUGGUUGUCAAGUCACUAUUCAGUCCGAACAAGAAAAGCAGUUAAUGAAACAAUAUCGACGUGAAGAAAAACGAAUUGCCAGACGAGAAAAAAAGACUGGAGAAGAUGGAGAAGUUUCUGGAGAAGGACUUAUGGGCUUUGAUCCUAAGGAAUUGCGGAUACACAGAGAGCAGGCACUUCUGAAUGCUAGAAGUGUUCCAAUUCUUAGCAGGCAGAGAGACAUGGACAUUGAAAAAAUUCAUUAUCCCCAUGUUUAUGAUUCCCAGGCUGAAGCCAGGAAAACAUCAGCAUUCAUUGCUGGUGCAAAGAUGAUUUUACCAGAAGGAAUCCAAAGAGAGAAUAACAAGCUUUAUGAAGAAGUAAGGAUUCCCUAUAGUGAACCAAUGCCAAUUGGCUUAGAGGAGAAGCCAGUUUAUAUCCAAGACUUAGAUGAGAUUGGACAGUUGGCUUUUAAAGGAAUGAGGAGACUUAACAGAAUUCAGUCAAUAGUAUUUGAGACUGCCUACAACACCAAUGAGAACAUGUUGAUUUGUGCCCCUACUGGAGCUGGAAAGACCAAUAUUGCAAUGCUUACAGUCUUGCAUGAAAUUCGCCAACAUUUUCAACAAGGUGUUAUCAAAAAGAAUGAAUUUAAGAUUGUAUAUGUUGCUCCAAUGAAAGCCUUGGCAGCUGAAAUGACAAAUUACUUCAGCAAACGUCUAGAGCCACUGGGUAUCAUUGUGAAAGAAUUGACUGGUGAUAUGCAGUUGUCAAAAAAUGAAAUUUUACGAACUCAGAUGCUUGUUACCACACCAGAAAAAUGGGAUGUAGUGACAAGAAAGAGUGUUGGGGAUGUUGCUCUUUCCCAAAUUGUAAAACUCCUUAUUCUUGAUGAAGUUCAUUUGCUGCAUGAAGAUAGAGGACCAGUAUUAGAAAGCAUAGUUGCACGUACUUUACGGCAGGUUGAAUCCACACAGAGUAUGAUAAGAAUACUUGGACUGUCUGCAACCUUACCCAACUACCUUGAUGUUGCUACAUUUUUACACGUUAAUCCCUACAUUGGACUUUUCUACUUUGAUGGCCGUUUUCGUCCAGUACCUCUUGGGCAGACGUUUUUGGGGAUUAAAAGUGCAAAUAAGAUGCAGCAGUUGAAUAACAUGGAUGAAGUAUGCUAUGAAAGUGUUUUAAAGCAAGUAAAAGCUGGACACCAGGUGAUGGUGUUUGUACAUGCUCGAAAUGCCACUGUAAGAACAGCUAUGUCUCUUAUAGAAAGAGCAAAAAAUUGUGGCCAGAUAUCCUGCUUUUUACCUACCCAAGGACCUGAAUAUGGACAUGCAGAAAAACAGGUGCAAAAGUCAAGAAAUAAGCAAGUACGAGAGUUAUUCCCAGAUGGUUUUAGUAUUCAUCAUGCAGGAAUGCUUCGGCAGGACAGAAAUUUAGUUGAAAACUUGUUUUCCAGUGGUCAUAUCAAAGUCCUAGUCUGUACAGCUACGUUAGCCUGGGGUGUCAAUCUCCCUGCUCACGCUGUUAUUAUUAAGGGAACACAAAUAUAUGCUGCAAAAAGAGGCUCCUUUGUUGACCUUGGAAUUUUAGAUGUCAUGCAGAUAUUUGGCCGAGCUGGACGACCACAAUUUGACAAAUUUGGGGAAGGAGUCAUUAUAACAACACAUGAUAAACUCAGCCAUUACCUCACUCUGCUCACUCAACAAAACCCAAUUGAGAGUCAGUUUCUGGAAAGUCUUGCAGAUAACCUAAAUGCAGAGAUUGCUCUGGGAACAGUCACAAACGUGGAAGAAGCAGUGAAGUGGAUAAGUUACACUUACCUUUAUGUACGGAUGAGAGCAAAUCCAUUAGUGUAUGGCAUUAGUCACAAAGCUUAUCAGAUUGACCCAACAUUAAGAAAGCAUCGAGAACAGUUAGUCAUUGAAGUUGGACGAAAACUAGACAAAGCUCAGAUGAUUCGUUUUGAAGAGAGAACUGGUUAUUUUUCCUCAACGGAUUUGGGUAGAACCGCCAGCCACUAUUAUAUUAAAUACAAUACCAUUGAGACCUUUAAUGAACUCUUCGAUGCUCACAAAACAGAAGGUGACAUAUUUGCGAUAGUCUCCAAAGCCGAAGAAUUUGAUCAGAUCAAGGUCAGAGAAGAAGAAAUAGAGGAGUUAGAUGCUCUAUUAAACAAUUUUUGUGAACUCUCAGCUCCUGGAGGUGUAGAAAAUAGUUAUGGGAAAAUAAACAUCUUACUUCAAACUUACAUCAGCCGAGGAGAGAUGGAUAGUUUCUCCCUUAUAUCAGAUUCUGCAUAUGUUGCACAGAAUGCAGCUAGAAUCGUUCGUGCCCUUUUUGAAAUUGCUCUGAGGAAACGUUGGCCUACCAUGACCUACAGGCUCCUGAAUCUUAGUAAAGUCAUCGACAAGAGGCUUUGGGGUUGGGCUAGCCCUUUGAGACAAUUUUCAGUGUUACCACCACACAUUCUAACAAGAUUAGAAGAAAAAAAUCUUACUGUAGAUAAGCUGAAAGAUAUGAGGAAAGAUGAAAUAGGUCACAUUUUGCAUCAUGUGAAUAUUGGACUGAAGGUCAAACAAUGUGUGCAUCAGAUUCCUUCUGUUAUGAUGGAAGCAUCCAUUCAGCCUAUCACACGGACUGUCCUCCGAGUAACACUCAGCAUCUACCCUGAUUUCACAUGGAAUGAUCAGGUCCAUGGGACAGUAGGAGAACCCUGGUGGAUUUGGGUGGAAGAUCCUACAAAUGAUCAUAUUUAUCAUUCAGAGUAUUUUCUAGCUCUUAAAAAACAGGUCAUUAGUAAAGAAGCUCAACUACUGGUAUUUACAAUCCCUAUUUUUGAACCUUUGCCUUCCCAAUACUAUAUCCGAGCAGUUUCUGAUAGAUGGUUAGGAGCCGAGGCUGUUUGUAUUAUCAACUUCCAACAUCUGAUUCUACCAGAGAGGCAUCCACCCCAUACAGAAUUACUGGAUCUUCAGCCUUUGCCAAUUACGGCUUUGGGAUGUAAAGCAUAUGAAGCCCUGUACAACUUCAGCCACUUUAACCCUGUGCAGACACAAAUAUUUCAUACACUGUAUCACACAGACUGUAAUGUCCUACUUGGAGCACCCACAGGAUCAGGAAAGACUGUUGCAGCUGAAUUAGCUAUUUUCAGAGUCUUCAACAAGUAUCCCUCCUCAAAGGCAGUUUAUAUUGCACCCCUAAAAGCCCUAGUUCGUGAAAGAAUGGAUGACUGGAAGGUUAGAAUAGAAGAAAAACUUGGUAAAAAAGUUAUUGAACUAACGGGGGAUGUGAGUCCUGAUAUGAAAUCCAUUGCCCAGGCUGACCUUAUUGUCACUACACCAGAAAAGUGGGAUGGAGUCAGCAGAAGCUGGCAAAAUAGGAACUAUGUUCAGCAAGUUACUAUUCUCAUCAUAGAUGAAAUUCAUCUGCUUGGGGAAGAAAGAGGUCCUGUUCUAGAAGUCAUUGUAUCUCGAACAAAUUUUAUCUCCUCACACACAGAAAAGCCUGUUAGGAUAGUUGGAUUGUCUACUGCAUUAGCUAAUGCCAGAGACCUUGCUGACUGGCUAAAUAUUAAGCAGAUGGGCUUGUUCAACUUCCGACCAUCAGUACGCCCUGUUCCACUGGAAGUUCACAUUCAAGGCUUUCCAGGUCAACAUUACUGUCCCCGCAUGGCAAGUAUGAACAAGCCUGCAUUUCAGGCAAUUAGAAGUCAUUCUCCAGCCAAACCUGUUUUGAUAUUUGUCUCAUCAAGACGUCAGACUAGACUUACUGCUUUGGAAUUGAUAGCCUUUCUGGCUACUGAAGAAGAUCCAAAGCAAUGGUUGAACAUGGAUGAAAGAGAAAUGGAAAACAUAAUUGGAACAGUACGAGAUUCCAACCUGAAGUUGACACUUGCUUUUGGAAUAGGAAUGCAUCAUGCUGGCCUCCAUGAAAGGGACCGAAAAACAGUAGAGGAACUAUUUGUGAACUGUAAAGUUCAGGUUCUUAUUGCUACAAGCACGUUAGCCUGGGGUGUAAACUUUCCAGCUCAUUUAGUAAUUAUUAAAGGAACAGAAUAUUAUGAUGGAAAAACAAGACGUUAUGUAGAUUUUCCCAUUACAGAUGUGCUCCAGAUGAUGGGAAGGGCUGGGCGCCCUCAGUUUGAUGACCAAGGCAAAGCUGUAAUUCUGGUUCAUGAUAUUAAAAAAGACUUUUACAAAAAAUUUCUGUAUGAACCUUUCCCAGUAGAAUCAAGCUUAUUAGGAGUGCUAUCUGACCAUUUAAAUGCAGAGAUCGCUGGUGGUACAAUAACAUCUAAGCAAGAUGCAAUGGACUAUAUCACCUGGACUUACUUUUUCCGACGUCUUAUCAUGAACCCCAGCUACUACAAUUUAGGUGAUGUGAGCCAUGAUUCUGUAAACAAGUUUCUGUCCCAUCUGAUUGAAAAGUCCCUGGUUGAGUUGGAACUUUCCUACUGUAUUGAAAUUGGAGAGGAUAAUCGGAGCAUUGAGCCUCUCACAUAUGGCCGAAUUGCCUCCUAUUACUAUUUGAAGCACCAAACCGUUAAAAUGUUCAAGGACCGUUUGAAACCUGAAUGCACUAUUGAAGAAUUGCUGUCAAUUCUGAGUGAUGCAGAAGAAUACACAGAUUUGCCAGUAAGACACAAUGAAGAUCAUAUGAACAGUGAAUUGGCAAAAUGUCUUCCUGUUGAAUUAAAUCCCCAUUCAUUUGACAGCCCUCACACCAAAGCCCAUCUCCUGCUUCAGGCGCACCUCAGUCGAGCCAUGCUGCCCUGCCCAGAUUAUGACACUGACACCAAAACAGUCUUGGACCAAGCUCUCAGAGUAUGUCAGGCAAUGCUGGAUGUGGCUGCAAACCAAGGUUGGCUGGUGACUGCCCUGAAUAUCACCAACCUGGUUCAGAUGUUGAUCCAGGGUAGGUGGUUAAAAGAUUCUUCUCUUCUUACACUACCAAACAUAGAACAGCACCAUCUUCACCUUUUCAGGAAAUGGAAACCAGUUAUAAAGUGCUCACGUGCUAGGUGCCGAACCUCCAUUGAGUGCCUUCCUGAACUGAUUCAUGCCUGUGGAGGGAAAGACCAUAUAUUCAGCUCCAUGGUCGAGAAGGAGCUACAGGCCACCAAAACAAAGCAGGCAUGGAAUUUUUUAUCUCGUUUGCCAGUGAUAGAUGUUGGCAUAAGUGUUAAAGGCUCAUGGGAUGACUUAGCUGAAGGACACAAUGAACUCUCUGUCUCAACUCUGACUGCAGACAAACGAGAUGACAACAAAUGGAUCAAAUUGCAUGCUGAUCAGGAGUAUGUGCUCCAAGUCAGCUUGCAGAGAGUCCACUUUGGGUUCCACAAGGGAAAGCAAGAGAGCUCUGCAGUUACCCCUCGAUUUCCCAAAUCAAAAGAUGAAGGAUGGUUCUUGAUUUUAGGAGAAGUGGACAAGAGAGAACUUAUUGCUUUAAAACGAGUAGGAUAUGUUCGAAAUCAUCACAUUGCUUCCCUGUCUUUUUUCACCCCUGAAAUACCCGGAAGGUAUAUCUUCACACUCUAUCUCAUGAGUGACUGCUACCUUGGUCUGGACCAGCAGUAUGACAUUUACCUCAACGUCACACGAGCAAGCAUUUCCAUGCAGGUCAACACAGAGGUCUCUGAUGCCUUCACUGACCUGGCAAUAAAAUAACCUGACCCAAACAAUGCAUUUGAAAGAAUUUGUUAAGGUAUCUGGCUGUUCAGUCAUCUGGACAAAGUUGAAUUACUUGAUGUUUGCCUUGACAGAAUCAACUCCUAACCUCAAGACAUCCAGGAAAUUAACAGUGGCUGCAGUAUUGACUCCAGCGACACCAAGUUAGCCACAGUGGCCUUUUAACAAAUGUUGCCUUUUAUAAUAUUGUCUUCUUUCUUUACAUGUAAAAUGAAUGAGCAUGUAGAAUAAUCUUAUAAUUUGUGUAUAUGUGAGGUUAUGUGAGUUAUCAAUCAAAUUUUACAUCUCAUAAUGUACUGUUUACAUGAAUACUGGUUUUUCCUUUUUUUAAGACAAACUACAUUGAGGUGUGACCAUGUUAGGAUUUUAACUCUGCAUCAUAAAAUGUAUAAAUCUAUGAGGUGAUAUACAGUGUGUCUUGUGAGCAAAAUUUAUACUUUGAUCUGAUCACAAUGAAAUGAUUUCAAGAAUUUCUUAUAAAUAUUAAUAAUAUAUGAUGUAAAAUUAUAUUACAGAGUCCAAUGACAAUUAAAAAAAGAGAAAAGAAUAUACUGAUCUUAGAAAAGGUAGCUAUAAUACUGGUGGAAAUAAAAUAUAUGGAGUGCCACUUUAAGACAAGCUGACUCAAGUUUUUCUCCUGCUUCUCUCGCUGACUCAAGUUUUUCUCCUGCUUCUCUCCCUUUAUAUCCCUUUUUCCUCUUCUGCCCUCUUUUUCUUUCUCUUCUACUUCAACACUAUUUCUCUUUUUGACAUAUUUAUUUAUGCAUGGAGAAAAAUACAGUCUAACUCAUGAAGUAACAUGUAGAGACAAUUUUUGGUCUUUAUCAUCCACUUCCACAGAUAGGUUUCCAAGUAUAAUAAUGGAAAUAUCUCUAUGUCCAUAAAGUUCCUUUUUGGAAAAAUGUUGUUUGAAACUAAAAUGUUGUUAAAGUUCAACAUCCAUAUAGUAUACAUUAUAGUGGAAUGCAAUUCUGUCUUUGCAAAUGAUUCCUGAAUGAAUGAUUUUUAAAUAUUUUUUUAAUAUAACUGUCACAAGUAGUAAAAUAUAAGUUUUUCUGAAUUUGAAAUUUAUGGUUUAUGUAUAUCUCCUCUUUCAUGCUAAAAUAAAAAGAAAAGGAGGACGAAGAAAUAAAAGUAGCAUGAAGGGAACCAGGCAGUCACUUUCCAAAAAUAAAAUCUAAAUAACUGAGAUGAACGUGCCAAGUAAUGAGGGGAUGAGGUGCCCCAGAAGCUUUAGAUAGAGUUCUCUGUGUUUUUCUUUUGGAAGUUUAUUUCCUAAUUGAGAUUUGUGCCUUCUCUAUUGUUUUAGUGGAAUUUAAAGAAAAUGAAGUUUACAUGUAGACAACAGUUACCAACCAGUCCAUACAGAAACCUGACUGGAUACAGCCUCACCUGAAACUUCCUGUUUUUAGCAUCAUCUCUCUGUUAGGAAGCAUGCAGGUUUUGGGAAGUAGGAAAUCUGCUUCACUUAUCAUGACACAGGAUGUAGGAGAAAUUAUAUCCAUCAGAGAGGAAAAUAGUAAUAUGACAAAUCUUUAAGUGUCAAAAUAAGGCACAGAGGGUACUAGUAAAGCAGGGUGCACUUUGAUACAAAAGUCAAUCUUAUUCUGAUGGGUCUAUGAUGGUAUCCACACUGAUUACUUACCCAAAAUUUUAGUGUUAUGUGUGUCAUAAAUAGGAUGUAUAAUAAUCAGAUUAGUCCUAUUUUCAGAUUUAUAAAUCAUAAAUUUCUCAUAACUUUUCAUGACCAAGAAAUUCAUCAGUAUUUAAAAUUAUUCAAAUACUGACUGCUCAGAGAAUGAUUUGUCCUAAAAUUUGUGAGGAUUAUUUUGUUUUCUUAGGGAGAAAUGACAAAAAGAUUUCAGGUAAUUGCCAUAAAAUGAUUUUCUUAAUUAGACUACCCACAGCCCACUUCCCCUCAGAUACUGCAUCAUCUCUGAGCUGGCUAUUACAUUGUACAACCCUAAAAUUCUAUGGUGGGUCAUUUUCAUAUUCCUUUGGAUUUUAUCAAUUCAAAAUAGUCGAAGUGCUGAUCAUAUUUGUUCUAGGCACCAUGUUGGGGACUCUAAUGAAUUAAAGACAUACCCACCCUUCAGACGAGAUAGUCUAGUGAUGAAAACAAGAUGUACAUAAUUGUGAUAAAGUAAUCAAAAUAGUAAUAGGAAGAAAAUACUCUGGGGGAUUAGAGAAAUAUUACAUAAAAAUAUUAAGGGAUAUUUAGACUGGGUUUGUUGUAUUUUUAUGUUUUACUUUAUGCUAUUUUUACUGACAUUAUAAUUGUACAUCUUUAUGGGUGUUUGGAACAUUGAUACAUUGUGUAUUGAAUAACUCAGGAUAUGUAGUUAUAUUUAUCCUGUCUGGCUGUGACUUUGUACACAUUAACCAAUCUCUCCUCCUCAACAUCUCCCCUACUCUCCCAACCUCUGAUAAACACUAUUUUGCCCUCUAGUUUUAUAAGCUCCGCUUUUUAAGAUUCCACAAGUGAGUGAAAUCAUGCAGUAUUUGUCUUUUUAUGCCUGGCUUAUUUCACUUAACGUGAUCUCCAACAUAUCUGUGUUGCCACAAAUAACAGAAUUCCCUUCUUUUAUGGCUGAAUAAUAUUUCAUUUGUGAGUUUGACAUUUUAUUUAUCAAUUCAUCCAUUGAUGGACACAGUUUCAAAAUUCCAUAUUUGAGUAUUGUAAAUAGUGCUUUAGUAAACAUGAAAGUGUAGGUAUCUCUUUGAUAUGCUAAUUUCAUUUCCUUUGGAUGUAUAUAUAGCUAAUAGUAAUGGGGUUACUAUUACAUAUAUUGGUUCAGCUUUUAGUUUUUUGAGGAAACUCCAUGCCAUUUUUCAUAGUGGCUAUACUAAUUUACAUUCUCACCAAUAGUGUAUAAUAGUUUUCUAUUCUCCACAAUCUCAUCAGCAUUUGCCUUUUUGUUUUGUUUUUUAUUAUUAUUAUAGCGAUUCUAACUGGGUUUUUAGAUAUCUCGUGGUUUUGGUUUGAAUAUCCCUGACAACCAGUAAUAUUGAGCAGUUUUUUAUGUAAUUGUUAGCCAUUUGUAUAUCUUCUUUUGAGAUGUCUGCUCAGAUCAUUUGUCAAUCUCAUUCACUGUAGCUACAAAUAAAAUAAAAAUACCUAGGGAUAAAUUUAACCACAGAAGCAAGAGAUCUCUACAUUGAAAACCAUAAAACAUUAGUGAAAGAAACUGAAGAGCAUAGCAAAUAAAUGAAGACAUUCCAUCUUCAUGGACUGGAAAAAUUAAUAGUCCAUACUAUCCAAAAUGAUCUAUCCAUUGAAUGCAACUAAAAUGCUAAAGUCAUACUUAAUUGAAGUAGAAAAAAAUCCUAAAAUUCAUAGUCCUAUUCAUAUGGAAUCACAAAAGACCUCAUAUAGCCAAUCUUGAGCAAAAAGAACAAAGCUGGAGGCAUCACACAACCCAACUUCAAAAUAUAUUAUAAAACUAUAGUGACCCAAACUAUCUGUGGUGCUAGCACAAAUAUAGACAAAGACUAAUAAAAUAGGAUUUUCAAAUCCAGAAAUAAAUUCAUGCACUUAAAAUCAAAUUGUUGGCAAAGACACCAAGAUCAUGCUUUGGGGCAAUUACCCUCUUCAGUAAAUGCUGUCAAGAAAUCUAGAUGUCCACACAUAGAUGUAUGAGAUUAGAUUCCUUUCUCACACCACAUUCAAAAAUUAACUUUAAAUGGAUUGAAGACUUACAUAUGUAAGAUCUGAUACUAUAAAACUAUUAGGAAAAAAUAGGAGGAACAUUACAUGACAUUGGUCUGGGCAAUGAUUUUUUUUAAAUAUUGUUUAGUUUUCAAUGGAUCUUUAUUUUAUUUAUUUAAAUGUGGUGCUGAGAAUCUAACCCAGUGCCUCACACAUGCUAGGCAAGGACUCUACCACUGAGCCACAAUCCCAGCCCCUGGGUAAUGAUUUUUAAAAAGAAAAUAAAGCACAGGCAGCAAAAGUAAAGAAAGGAGAGAGGAAAAAAAAAAUGGGAUUGCAUCAAACUAAAAAGACCAUUUUCAGCAAAAGAAAUAAGAGAAAACCCACAGAAUGGGAGAAAAUAUUUGCAAAUUCUUCACCCAACAAGAUCUUAAUACCAGAAUAUAUAAGGAACUAAAAAAGAGAGAGAGAGAGAACUAAAUUGAAAAGAACACAAAUAAAUGGAAAUACAUUCCAUCUUCAUGGAUUGGAAAAAUUAAUAUUGUUAAAAUGUCCAUAUGACCCAAAGUGAUCUUACACAUUUAAUCAUUAAUGCUGAUGAUUAGAAUUGGGAGGGCAGGAUGAAAGAGGAUUCCAGUUAAAACAGUAUUAGCAAGACUCUGAAAUAGCCCAGCCUAGAGUGUCUAGCUGGUCUGCAUUUUCUUUUUCUUUCUUUUUUUUUUUCCACUGAAGCAAAAGUAGAAAAUUUAUGGAAAAUCAAACAUAAAAAUAACCUCAAACAAGUAACAAAGCAAAGACUAAAAGGAAAAAUACCUAAAUUAAGACAAAGCUCCAAACUAUUUCAAAAUGAUGAAAUUAUAUUGGAUAUGGUAUCUAAAAGAUGCAGGUGGGGGAUGGGGAUCUGAUGUGGGUGUGGCUGUCAGCAGAGGACUAUGAGAAAAUCUUUGCGGGAAAGCAAAGGUCCUUCAUUCCUGGAGAUGCAGGCAGCCUCUGCACUGGGCUGCAGACGAAGAUCCCCAUAAAUUAGGAAAGACUGAUAAAAUUGGCUAUGGGCCGGGUCAGCAUCAAGGGAAGGAAGUCACCCAGGAACACCCAUUCCACUCCUAGACUGGAGACUCAAGACACUUCCAGGUGACAAACGACAGGUGGGGACAACAAUUAGAUGGAAUAGUAGCCGGAGUGAGGACCUGUGGAAUGUGGCAGGUGCAGAACUCCCAUCCACUCAGAAAUCUGGACCUGAUUUGUCUGGGGCUUCAAGGUCACCUUCCUCAGGCUCUGCAGUGAGAGUCUCUUCAAGGCGGCUUCUAGUUCCUCAUCCUCUCCCCUGAGGGGCCAGGCACUCUCCUGGGCACCUCCCCGGAGGUUCCCCUGGUUCUUCUUGGGCUGGGGUAGUGGACAUCUUUGCAGGAUGGGCAUGUACAACAGAAGCUAGAACAGGAUGGGCCUGCCCAGGUUGAGUGUGCCCAGGAUGAGCGCGAGGGCCUCCCGAGGCGUCCUGCGAAUGGGUGAUAGCCUCAUUCAGAGUUCGGGUAUAUCUUCUGUUGCACCGUAAACCAAUUCUGCACCUGUUGCUCCUCUAGGCCGAGGCUGGAAGCCAGGACCACCAUGGUACCGUGGGAUGGGAAGGGGUCCUUCAGGAAGUGUGCCUCUAGCUCCUGCAUCUGCUGCUUGCUGAGGAUCAAAAUAGACCAAUCCGAGGUCUAUGGGCCCAACAUAUUGCGAAGGCUUUCGAUCUCAUCCAUGGCAGCGGAGGCUCCGUUCAGAGGAAAGGGAGGUCUGCAUUUUGAAAGAGUCCAGCAAACAAAAACCGAAGUCUGUGAAGUAACCUUGAGUUAGUAAAAACUGCAAAUCUUAUGCACAUGUAUUGGAAUUCUUGGAAAAUUCACCAGUGGUCACUGCUUGACACUGGAGAAACUUUCUUCAGAAAAUUAAUCUGAUGUACAUGUAGGAUGGUAUGACUAAGAAAGUCAAGAAAAAAACACUCAGAAAAUAAUUUAAUACAGAGUAUUACUUAGUAAGGAGUCCUGAGGGGCCAGAGAAGGUUGUGAAAAUAACAUUUUGAGAGUAGAACAGAGAACCAGUAGAAAGAGGAGACACCCAAGAGCCUAACAGGACAAGCAUCCAUGUCUGUUGUGGGUAAUGGGUACUAAGUAGGCAAGAGGUCAAGGAAGCAUGAACUAAGUCAAGGGUCUUUGAGUGUAGUUGUCAUUAAUGAUGGUUAAGUAUUUCAACAAAACAGGAAGGCAGAAAGCUUUGAGAGUAGGAGGUAAGGAUCUGAGUGGGCAACUAGAAAGGAUAGGUAAUGAAUAAGUAAAUUAUCUAACUUCACUCCUCAAAGAUCCCAUGCUAUCACCUGUAUUGAGGUAAGAGCCCAUGCUAUCCCCUGUAUUUAGGUGGGUGAUGAUAGGGCAGACACUAAUUGGUAAGAAUCAGCCUGUUUCCUUCCAAUAUUUCCCCUUGCAACAUCCAUUAAUGUAAAUUAAUGUAUUUGUGUACAUAUAUCCCCAUUAUAUAUGUGUAAUUUAUUCCUAUUACAUUUUCUAUUAUAUAUAGGACCAACUAGAAUUCAAGAUCUGAAACCACCUUCAUACUCCAUAACUCUUGAUAUAAGAACACAAAAGCUUUAUCAGCAUCUAAAGGGGAACAUACCUAUUUUCUUACACGGAUAAAGAACCCUCCUUUUCCUGUUCUUUCAAAUUCCACAGAUGGCUUUGGUGGGAAGAGGAUACAGUGACAUGAGAUAUUUGGUCAUCAAAAACAUGUUUCCUCUUCUGUUUACACACACAAGUAAUACAACAAAGUCAAAACACAAAAUCAGCCCUCCCCCUCAAAUUUCAACAUGCCCUUGUAGUGAAUCACCUAAUCAGCGUCCUUGGAAAAUUGCAGUCGUUUCCCAAGCAUAUCUUCCACAUCUGUCAGCAAACCCUUUCAGCUAUACCUUUGAAUUUGUCCAGACACCUCCACCACUACCACUCCUUGCACGCUACCUCCUGAUGGGCUUCCCACCCAUCUUGCCCCUUCACAAAUCUUUUCUCUACACAGUUAGCCUUUUGAAACCUAAGUCUUAACAUGAGUCUGCUUUGCUCAAGAGAUUCCAGUGCCUUUCUCAUAAUAAAAGCCCAAAUCCUUACAAUGCCUUCCAAGGCCCUGCAUGGUCUGCUGUCUCCUCCCUUCACCUCCUUCUGACUUAUCUCAUUACUCUCCCUCCUGCUCAGUUCACAUCAACCCAGUGGUCACAUUGCUGCUUGUUGAAAAGCCUCUGCCCUUUCAGCUCCCUCAGUUGGAAAGCUUUUCCCUGCAUUGUUAGGCAUGUCUAACCAUCUUAGUUUAAAUGCCCAGCCCGUCAGUCCUAUCCAUUCUCCUGUCCUGUUUGGUUUUUCUCCAUCAUUUCUAUCACCACUAUAAAAAUAUUCAUUGGCUUAUUACUUAAGCAGGAGUCUCUCCUGACUAAGAUUCAGGAAGGCAGAAAUUUUUGUCACUUUUGUCUUUUACUGUAUAACCAGGACUUACAACAUGUCCUGGCUCGUGGUAGUGUUAUGGACCACGCUAUACGGGCAAAGACCAAAGAGACUCCAUCUUACCCUGAGACUCCCUGUCACGUAAAAACUGCUUCUCCCAUGGGAAAGCCCCACUUCUGUACCCAUCAAUAGUUGCUUAGGAAAGCAUAUUUGGCAACACAAAAUGGCAAUUCUUAUACAAUGUAAAAUUGUUCUCUCUUUGAUUCUCAUUUUUGUUGGACAAUGUACCCUCUCCAAGACUGAUUGUCUAAAUGUGAGUAACCAUUCAACUUGUACUCAACUAGGGACAUUUUGACUCACUCCCCCUUCUGCUUAUGAUUUUAGAUCUCAUAACACUUGUUUUGAAUCAUAGCAACAGCUACUUAUGAUUACUAUGGUUUUGGACUACAAAAAGUGUACCCAAAUCCCAGGAGGGAGUCGAAAGGUAUAGACUUACAGCCUACCCCUUGGCCCACCAGCUGGUGGAUCUGAACCAAUGGCUGAUGAAUAAGGCUUUUGUCUCCUGCUUUAAGAUCGACUUGGUGAUUUAUUGCAAUCUCACCUUAACAAUAGCUCAAUAAGGGCUAGGGAUGUGGCUCAAGCGGUAGCGCGCUCGCCUGGCAUGCGUGCGGCCCAGGUUAGAGCCUCAGCACCACAUACAAAUAAAGAUGUUGUGUACGCUGAAAACUAAAAAAUAAAUAUUAAAAAAUUUAAAAAAAACAAUAGCUCAAUAAAUAUUUCUUAAAUCACUAAA